AUGGAUCUUCGCAGGAAAAAUCCCAAAAGAAUCCAACAUGGCGUCAAAUCGCUUAUCACAUUUAUCACUACAUAUUUAUCACACGGUUAUCAGUUUAUCACUGAUUACGAAGAACAUAGUGAACUAAAAAUUAAAUGCUCAGUUGAGAAUUGUAACAGAUCUUAUAAAACAUUAAAAUGUUUUUCCAAGCAUUUAAAAAAUGAUCACAACAUUGACAUCAAUAUAGAAUCACUAAGUUUCAAUACUAUAGAAGAAUUUAAGAAAUGGAAAACCAAUAUUGAAGACACUAAAAUCUGUCAAUAUGUUCAAAGAACAUCUACUAAAACUCACCAUAAUGUGGAAUACACGUAUUAUAUUUGUCAUCGGUCAUACCAUCCAAGAUUAGCUAGCAAGGGUCAAAGGAAUCCUAAAAGUAGUGGUUCGGUUAAAAUUGGAAAGGUUUGUCCAUCAUAUAUUAGAGUACACAAAAAUGGAGCCCAAUUUCAGAUAGAAUUUUGUAGUACUCAUUUAUUUCAUGAUAAUGAAAUAGGGAAACAAAGAUUACAUACUGAAGACAGAUACCAAUUAGCAGGCAAACUAGGUAUGGGUGUAACAGUACAACGAGUCUUAAAUGACGUUCGAAAUUCUGCUACUAUAACUGAUUUUAAAAGAAUCCAUUUAUUAGAAAAACGAGAUAUACAUAAUAUUAGACGUGAUUUUAAAAUUGAUAAUUAUUCUACAAAGAUGCAUGAAAAUGAUUUUGUUAGUGUUUACCUGUGGGUAGAGCAAAUCAAAGAAAAAAGUGAGACAAAUCCAGUGUUAUAUUUUAAGCAUCAAGGAGAAGAUUCCACAACACAUUUGACUCGGGAUGAUUUUUGUUUAAUUUUAAUGACUGAAUACCAAGCUGAAAUGUUAAAAAAAUUUGGAUGUGAUAAAAUAUGUGUAGAUGGAACACACGGUUUAAAUAGUUAUAACUUUCAGUUGUAUACUUUACUUGUAGUAGACAAUUAUGGAAAUGGCUUCCCUGUUGCAUUCUGUUUUACAAAUAAAUCAGAUACAUCUACAUAUAAAUUAUUUUUUGAAUGUAUCCAGCGUGCAGUAGGACUUAUCAAAGCCAAUGUAUUUAUGUCCGACGAUGAACCUGCAUUUUAUAAUGCAUGGCAAUCUAUUAUGGGUCCGGUUUCUAAGCAACUAUUAUGUACUUGGCACGUAUUAAGAAAUUGGAGUAAAAACCUUUCCAAAAUUCACUCACAAGAAAAGAAAUCUAUGGUUUAUAAAACAUUAAAAUCUUUAAUGCAUGAAACUGAUAAAAACAAAUUUUAUAUAGAAAUAACAAAGGUCAUUGAAGAUUUAAAAAAUGAUACAGAUACUGCAGAUUUUGGUCAAUAUUUUGCGAGCAAUUAUUCUUCAAGAGUUGAAAAAUGGGCAUUUUUCAAUCGCAGACAUGUUGGUAUCAACACGAAUAUGUAUUUGGAAGCUCUUCAUAAAAAUAUUAAAUAUUGCUAUCUAGAAGGAAAGCAAUGCAGAAGACUCGAUUUAGCCAUUAAUGCAGUAAUGUUCGCCAAAAUUCCAUUCUUCAGAGAUAAAUAA